GGUGGCGGUAUGCGCUCACUUGCUUUCCGCAGCAGCAUCAGAAGAAGCAGAAGAAGAAGAAGUAUUUCCGGGUCCGCUCGCUAAUGUUUUCCGCUCAACAGUUUCACUAAGCUGAGAUCCGGGGAGCAUACACGAAGGAAAGGAUGCUGGCUUGUCUCGGCUGUCCUGGACUGAGUCGCACGCUCAGCUCAGGGGUGUUGCAUCUGCCCAACACUUUUGCAUCUCGCGCUCCCACGAUCUCCACUUCAAUCAGCAGAGGAAGCCACGUGGCAUUAGUGCGCUACAACAGCACGGCCCAGCAGGAAAACGUCAAGAAAACAAAGUUUGGACCUUUGGCUGACCAGGACAGAAUUUUCACCAACCUUUACGGGCGACAUGACUGGAGGCUGAAAGGUGCAUUAAGUCGUGGUGACUGGUACAAGACCAAAGAGAUCUUGGAGAAGGGAGUGGACUGGAUCCUCAACGAGAUCAAAGUGUCGGGUCUGCGUGGGAGAGGAGGAGCUGGCUUCCCCACAGGGAUGAAGUGGAGCUUCAUGAACAAGCCCAGCGAUGGCAGGCCUAAGUACCUGGUGGUGAAUGCUGAUGAGGGAGAACCCGGCACCUGCAAAGACCGAGAGAUCAUGCGCCAUGACCCACACAAGCUGGUGGAGGGCUGCCUGGUUGCGGGUAGGGCCAUGGGAGCGCGCGCUGCUUAUAUCUAUAUCCGUGGAGAGUUUUACAACGAGUCGUCCAAUCUCCAGGUUGCCAUUAACGAGGCGUAUGGAGCAGGGCUGAUUGGAAAGAACGCCUGCGGCUCUGGCUACGACUUUGACGUGUUUGUGAUGCGCGGUGCUGGGGCUUACAUCUGCGGAGAGGAAACAGCUCUGAUCGAGUCCAUUGAGGGUAAACAGGGGAAGCCCCGUCUGAAGCCGCCUUUUCCUGCUGACGUGGGAGUGUUUGGUUGCCCAACAACUGUUGCGAAUGUAGAAACGGUGUCUGUAGCCCCAACUAUCUGCCGUCGCGGUGGCUCAUGGUUUGCCAGUUUCGGCAGAGAGAGGAACUCCGGCACAAAGCUCUUCAACAUCUCCGGUCAUGUGAAUAACCCCUGCACCGUGGAGGAGGAGAUGUCUGUUCCGAUGAAAGAGCUGAUUGAGAGGCAUGCAGGUGGUGUCCGUGGAGGCUGGGAUAACCUCUUGUGCGUGAUUCCCGGUGGGUCGUCAACACCACUCAUUCCUAAACAUGUGUGUGAGGAUGUUCCCAUGGACUUUGACGGCCUCAUACAGGCUCAAACCGGCCUGGGUACUGCAGCACUCAUCGUCAUGGACAAAUCGACGGAUGUAAUCAGAGCUAUUGCACGGCUGAUCGAAUUCUAUAAGCAUGAAAGCUGUGGCCAGUGCACCCCCUGCAGGGAAGGAGUGGAUUGGAUGAAUAAGAUGAUGUGGCGCUUCGUUAAGGGAGACGCACGGGCAGCAGAGAUUGAUAUGAUCUGGGAGCUCAGCAAACAGAUUGAGGGUCACACCAUUUGUGCUCUGGGUGAUGGAGCUGCAUGGCCUGUUCAGGGUUUGAUCCGUCACUUCCGUCCCAUCAUGGAGAGCAGGAUCUCAGAGUUCCAGCAGAAACAGCAAGCUCGGGCUUAGUUUCAGCAUCUCCUCUUUCCCCUUUUAUCCUAAUAUACAUUAUUAUUUAAGAAUAAAAGUGCUGUCUGACACUUAUAUCUGGACUGUCAUCACCAUCCAACUUGUAAUGCAUUUGCUUCCAGUCUAAAAAUAACUAAUAAAGUUCUGUGAAUUAUUAGAUUGA